CCUCCCAUUGUCUGUCUGCGCGGCUCCGGGGCCUCUCGGCCGAGCGCGAGCGCUCCGCUCUCCCUUCCCUCUCCGACCCGCGGGAUCGCGCUCCCAGGCCGGGCUCGGCUCGGCUCGGAUCCCGCUCUCCGCUUCCCGGCCCAGAAGGCCGCGGAGAGGGAGAAGCCGCCGGCUUACGGGCCGCGUCGGGGCGGGGAGCCAGCGAGUGAGGGCCCAAAGCGGGCCCGGAGGCCAUGGAGCCGUCGGCGCGAAGGAGGCCGCACGCGGGCUCGGGCUCCUCGGGAGGCGGCCACCCUGGCAGGCAUCCCACGGGCAAAGCUGAAGAUGGGUCCCGAACCUCUCCUUUCCAUCUUGACCUAUGGUUCUACUUGACGUUGCAGAAUUGGAUUCUGGAUUUUGGCCGCCCCAUUGCCAUGAUAAUUUUCCCUCUAGAGUGGUUUCCACUUAACAAGCCCAGCGUGGGAGACUACUUUCAUAUGGCUUAUAAUGUCAUCACACCAUUUCUCUUACUCAAGCUCAUUGAAAGGUCCCCCAAGACCCUGCCUCGAUCCAUUGUGUAUGUCAGCAUCAUCACCUUCAUCAUGGGCUCCAGCAUUCACCUGGUGGGAGACUCUGUGAACCACCGCCUGAUCUUCAGCGGCUAUCAGCACCACCUGUCUGUCCGAGAGAACCCUAUCAUCAAGAACCUGAAGCCAAAGACCCUGAUUGACUCCUUUGAGCUACUCUACUACUAUGAUGAAUAUCUAGGGCACUGCUUGUGGUACAUCCCUUUCUUCCUCAUCCUCUUCAUGUACUUCAGUGGCUGCUUCACCACUGCCAAGAAGGAGAGCAGGAUGCCUCGGUCAGCUCUGCUCCUGCUGGGGCCCAGCAGCCUGUACUAUUGGUAUCUGGUCACUGAAGGGCAGAUCUUCAUCCUCUUCAUCUUCACCUAUUUCGCCAUGAUGGCGUUUGUGAUGCACCAGAAACGGAAGCGCCUCUACCUAGACAGCAACGGACUCUUCCUCUUCUACACCUUCUUCUUCACGCUCCUGUUCGUGGCUCUGUGGGUGCUGUGGCUGUGGAACGAUCACACCCUCAGGAAGAAAUACCCCGGGGUCAUCUACAUUCCAGAACCGUGGGCCUUCUACACCCUCCAUAUCAGCAGGCGCCCCUGAGUUCCUCAGGGCCUGCGGCUGAGAGGGUUUUCUUGGGAGGGAUUUUGUGUGAAACUCUGUUGGGAAGAAGCCACCCCCUUCCCAACCUCCCCCCAACAAAGCAAAACAUGCUUCCCUCUGCCCUUCUUGUCCCUGUCCCCACCCCCACCCCAACUCAGUGGGCUUGUGGUGUGUGUGUGUAUUGUUAGGUAUCCACAUCUUGUUUUGGUCUUUUCAGGCUUGGAGUUAGUUUUAGGAAACACAACAUCACAGGGCUGAGAAUGGGCCUUGUGCAACAAUCUGCCUUGUACAAAAAGCCUUUCCAGGCCCAGUGGGUUUGCUGUGUUUGUGUUAUGUGUUGUGAUUGUAAAAACCAGCCAACAAGAGGCUCCCAGGUAGGGACCCAUGGCCAGUGGUAUCUUGGGUGGCCUGAUGUAGGGGGGUGGGAGGAACCCUCGGCCCUGGGGCCAUCAUCCUUUUGAGGACCCAGUACAUCUUCUCCAUAGGCUCUUGUUUCCCCUUACUUGGAGGAUGAUAGAAGGGCUGGCCGAUGCAGAGGCGGUCCUUUUGAUCAGCUCAGCCCUGCUGGGGGGCAUCCAGGGUUCUGGGGGAGCUGGAAAUGCAUAGGGAGGAAGGAGGUCCCAUCCCCUGUCAGAGAUUAGGUUUUUCUUGGCCUGUGGCUCAUUUCCAGGAUUCUUGUUCUGGUCUCACGACAGGAUCUGACCUAUGAGCCAGUUCCUCCCAAGGGGUCCAGCUCUUCCCCUCCUUGGGGGGGAUAGUAGGGGUGAAGAGGGCUCUCUAGGGUUGCUCCUUUUUGCCCUUUCUGGACUUUGGAGUUGGCAGAAGCGUCUGCCAGUGCCUGGUGCCCUGGGUUCUUGAGGUUCUUGAGGUUCUCACUAGAAAGGUGAUGAGCUGUGCCCUGAGUCUGAGGACCAGACAGUCUAAGCAUAGACAAGAGUUCCUGGCCAGAAGGCCGCUCAGCAGGUGCUUCAUCUGGUUUUGGCUGCAGCUCCUAGUAAAUAAUGGUCUGCUAAGGUGGGAAGGAGGUGGUGGUGGUGCCUGUGACAUUUCCCUUCUUCGGAAGUAAAUCAUCUGAGUUCCAGGAAAACAAGCGAGCUCUGCCUCUGUUCCUGCUGCCUGGGAAAGCUCUGGGAGCUCUCCCAGCUGAGGCACGGCCGAGCUGCUGCCCAGCUGAGGGACAGCCGAGGGCCCCUGCUCCCUCCCAGGGCCUUUCCCCCUCCCUGCUCUGGAAGCCAUUCUUCCCUCUUUACUUGAGGCCUCUUUUCAGCCUAAACCAAACUUGAAGAAACAGAAUGUUUAGUCUAAAGACUCAGUGCUCACUCUCUUACUCCAUGGGGAAGCUGGAGUCGGAGUGGGGCUGGGAGAAACCUUCAUCACACAUCCUGACUAUCUUCCAGGAUGCAUUUAGGCAGCUACACAUCAUCCUGAGCAAUGAGAGGGAGCAGGAGGUGGGGGGAAAGAGCCUGGAUUCUCAGAAGGGGCGGCUUUUCAGCUAAGGUGGGGGCUCUUCCCCCACCCCCUCAAAUUCAACCUGUAGCCUUGGCCUAUCCUCUGUGCUGUGCACCCCAUGAACAACUGGGUGGCCUCAGGCUUCCUCCUAGGAACUGAGUCCCCUUCUGAAGGGAGGGUUCCUCCUUGUGCUGUUGGUCAGCCAGGCUCUACUGUGCCUGGUUCUUUCCACUCAAGGCAAGGGCCUGUCCCAGAUGCCUGCAAGGGUUCCCCCUCACCCUCCUGUUCUACUCAGGUGAUCUAUGCCCUGUCAGGGUUCCCCUUAUCUAAUGGCACAUCUGAGCCCCAAGACUGGAUGAGUCCCCCUGUGUAUAGACUCACUGCCCUAUCCCUAACUGUAAAUAUCUUGGCAGCCAUGGCUGUAGUUAAUGGGAGUCUAAAUAAAUGUGUGUACUUGA